UUUAGUGUGUAUUUUGUGAAAAAAAGACGCGUUGCUUGAGAAAUUGUUUAAAAAUUGUAAAAAAAAUAGUUAAAAAAAUUAAAAAUUUAUUGAAUUUUCCAGCUUUUAUAUGUUCGGCUAAAGUUUAAACAUGAAAAUCUCUAAAACUGACAUAACUUUAGAUUUAGAUUGUCUAAUUGAGGAAUUAUCACCGGCUCAGUUGGGUGCUUAUGAAAGAGUUGCCAACGAGCAUAAUGCCAUUAAAAAUGCUCUAAAGACGGCCCUUAAUGCCAAUGAUGGCAAAGAACUAUUUAAUGGCCAGGUCUUUCAGGCCUAUUCGUUUAAGGGUAAAGUGCUGCAGGAGUUGAAAGAGGCCACUCUGCCGCCAAAGAAAACACCCAAGUCUGAUGAUGCCAACUCUAAGGGAGGUAGUCGUUCGGGCCGUAAAAGGGCUCCCAACUUUGUGUAUUUGGAAACUUCCGAUGAGGAAGAUGAUGAUGUACCCUUGGCUAAGAGAAUUGCUGUGGCGGCGGGUAAAAAUAUCAAAUCUGAUGGCUCAACACCAUCUAAGGGUAAGAAGGGUGCGGUUGAUGUCAAAGAUUCUUCGCUAGCGGGCAAAGGCAAAUCUUCCAAAGACUCUAAGAAGGGCAUUAAGGGAGCUGCAGAAUCUCCUCCGGCACCUAAUUUCCGUCCUUCGGAAGACUCCGCGGUAGGAGGUUUGAUUAUUGGUUCCGAUGGCAAGGAUGGUAAAAAUACCAAGGAGAAUAAGGAGACUAAGUUACAGGGUAAAACCUUUCCAUCUUUGGUGGUUUUGGCUAAACCUUGGCUUAAGGUCAAAGAUAUGUCGGCUACACGUAAUAAGUUGGAUUCUAAGGUUAAGUUGGUGCUAAUGUUGACACCCAACAAAUUUACCGAAUGGCUGAUACAGGAAGGUUUACUCAAGGCUGAGCAGAAAUGUGCCAAUCAUAAGACUAAUGAUUUGAAAUUGGGUGUUUAUUCCGAUGCCUCUAAAUUUCCCUAUACCGGUGGCUAUGUCUGGAUUAGUGAAUGCUGUCCCACACGUUUUGUUUCCGUUUUUCAUGGCUCCAUCUUUGAGGGGGCUCCUCAUCCUCCCUCUUGCAUACUCAAGCUCAUUUAUCAUUGGGCCUGUCAAACCAACAUACAAAAUGUUGUACAAUGGGUCAAGGUGGAUAAUGUUUACAUUAAAGGUGUUUACACUUGGCUUAGAGCCAUUUGUACCUUGGCCGUUCAUCAGAAAUGUAAAAAACUUGGUGGCCCUGAAAAGUAUGUAGAAGUAGGUGUCAUUUCCUUUGGCACCACCUCUCAAGAUGGUCAACAACGUCAGCUGAAGGUAGAAGUAUUAGGUGUUUUAGAUUAUGCUGAGAAAACUAUACGUCUAAGAGCGGUCGAACCUUUAUCGGACUCUGAUCGUAAUUAUAAAAAACGUUUUCAAGUUAUAUUGGAACCCCUUAAACGUUGGGUCUCACAGGAUAGUACUAUUUGUAUUGAUUUGACGGUGGAUAAAAUGACCUUAUAUUCCAUGGGCUUUAAGAAUGUGGUACAGGCUGCUGCCACAGAUAGUUCAGCUAAACAUACGAACUCUGCCGUUAUGGAUUACCUAAGACGUAUUGUACCCAGAAUGUUCCAAAACACUUUGUCUUUACUUUCACGUCAAAUGAUACAACAAUUUUUAGAUGAAUUAGUUUGGCGUGAACAGUUUGGCACUUAUGCUUUGCAGGCUUUUAAUAAUAUUACCGCUCAUAUAGCCGAACAGACUAGAAUCAAUUGUAAUGAAUCAUUGACGCAAAGGUUAUAUCAUGUAGCCACUAAUCCUUUUAAAGACUGGAGUAUUUUGCCUGCUAAUGCCAAGGAAAUACCAGCAAAUACUACUCCUAAAAGAUUGAAAAAACCCAUAAAUGAAGCCGAUUAUGUUCAUUCCGACAAGGUGAAUGUGAAAAAUAUUAAAAAAGAAAAAGAUGAUGACACACCCACCACCUCUUCAUCGGCCAGCAAAAAGAGUAAGGGUAAGAUUGAAGAAGAUACAAAACAUUCGAAAGGUUCUAAAUCUACUCCCUCUAAAGGAGGCAAAAAGGAAACGAUUUCCGCUAAGAAGGAAACAACAUCAUCAUCGUCAUCAUCGAAAAAAUCCACACAUGAUUCGAAACCGGCUAAAAAGGAAAAAGAAAAGGAGAAAGAAAAAGAAGAUGAUGAACUUAGGGGUUUGGAGGAAAUGUAUUAUGGUAUUAUGGAUGGUCAUGAUGAAUACUAUGAAGAGUUUCCCUAUAAGAAAACCAAAAAAGUUGAUGGUGAAACAGAUGAUCAACAACAACAACAACAACAAGAUGUUGAUGACAACACCAACCUCAUCUAUGCCACACAAAUUGAAUGUCCCAUUUGUGAUACGGCCACAACUUUUGAUUCGAAUGAAAAAUUACAAACACAUUUAGUUUCUCAUCUUAAUAUCGAUGGUAAAGAUCAUAAUUUACAGUGUUUGUUUUGUCUAGAGAAAAUGGACACUGAAACCGUUUUAACUAAACACAAUAAUAUCAUGCAUCCGGAGGAAACUAAAUCAUCUAAUUCGGCUUCUUAUCGUUGUUUGAUAUGUCAGCAACGUUUUAAUUCUUUAAAUUUCUUAACUUCUCAUUUGCAAAAUAAACAUUCUAUGUUGGAAUUGCCGUAUUAUUGCCAGGCCUGUGGCUAUAGGACUUCAUCGCAUCGUGAUGCCGUUCGUCAUUUUUAUGAUGAUCAUAAACAUCAAAAUUUCUUACAAUGUCCCUACUGUUUGGAUAUCUAUCGUUUCUGCUAUAAGGGUGUUAUAAAUCAAACAAAUAUUGAGAACUAUUACAUGCAUUUAAGGCAGCACAUGACUAAAAAGGAUAUAAAUCUUAAGUGCACUAAAUGCUCCUUAAGUUUUGUGGAUAAAGGUGCUUUAAAACAACACAUUUCCAAUCAUCAUCCCAGUUUAUUGAAACAUUCUCAAAAUAUACGUCAACUGUUAAGGAAUUCUAUGUUGAUACAACAACCUAAGGUGCGUAGUCAUCAUAAGGAACCUUUACCAUUUUCGGUGCAAUCAAAAUUAGGCGAUUUCUUUGCCUUUAUAGAUGGUUCUAUAUGUGCUGAGUGUAAUACGGAAAUUAUCAAUGAACAUCAUUAUAUCGGUAACUUAAAGUGCAAUAAGUGUAACUAUAAAACUGCCUGUGAACGUGCUAUGUUCCAGCACACCAGCGAUUGUACGGGCUCUACUGGCACUAAAGAUGUCAUGGAAAUGCCUUUGCCCAAUGAAAUGCAUUGCAUUUGUGGUUUCUCCACCGCCAAUGGCAAUAAUAUGGCUCAUCAUUUAGCUAGUUGUGGACAAAAAUCCGCUUAUCCUUCAUUACAGGUGGCUCAAGAGAAUACGGUGAAACGCAAUAUGCUGGAUAUGUUGGGUUUAGUUAAGCGUGAUGGUGAAGCUGGCACUGAUGCCGAAGGUGGUAGUUCCGAUCAAAAUAUGGAAGUAGGUGGUGAUGCUGAUGCCACACCACCCAUGCAAACAGUAGCAGAUAAUGUUAAUACUGAGCAGCAACCGGCUGAAGGCAAUAUGCAGGGACAACAUCAAGAAUCAAUGGAUACCCAACAAUCUAUUGCUCCCGAUCAAACACCCAUACCAUUUGGACAAAUGGAUGCUACACCUGUGGAACAGCAGCAACAUGCUACACAACACUAUGCUCAUAUUGUUGAUAAUACCAGUCAUUUACAGGUGCCCGGACAAAAUCAAUAUCAUUUAGGCUUUGGCCAGGCAGAAGUGGCCCCACAUACUUUAAACGCAGCCGAUAUAGAUAUGCCUUUAAUAGGCGAAUUGGCUGAUCCUAAUCCACCACCAACACCACAAUUUCUAGGUGAAGUACAUACACCCAUGUUUGAUGCAGUAGCCGCUGCUGAGCAGCAACAUUAUCAUCAAAUGAUGCAACAGCAACAACAACAACAGCAGCAACAUCAUCUUCAGCAUCCUCAUAUACAACAUCAUCAACAGCAAUGAAAAUGACCUAAAACGGCCAGGGAAAGAUUACCUUCCAUACCACCCUGGCAAUAUUACUGAGACAAUUAUCCACCAAUAGAGGGAAGGGUAAGUUUCAGUAAAAAAACAUUUUAAUAUUUAAGAUAUCUUUUUUUAAUUUUAAAAGCUUUCAAGCUUUAUUAGCUUGUUUGUUUUUUGUUUGUUUUAUUAUUCCGUACAAGAAGAUAUCUUAUACAUUAUAUAUCUUAUUAAUAUGAAAAAGAAAAUAACUUAAUAUUUUCUUAAACCCUUAACCCAUAAAAUCUAAAAAUACUAAAUAUUUUUUAAAUUAACUACUAAAACUUUUUUUAAAAUAUUACAAUACAAUAUUAAUAUGUGUAAUUAUUAAAAAUUUCGAAAUACUUAAAAAAAUUUGAGACAGUUUAUUGUGAACAUUGAGAACAACAAACAUAUUAAGAAUGGAAACAGCACAAAACAUUUAUCAUA